CACCCAUAAUCCAAACCCACCCACCCCAAAAGGCUAAAGUUCCUUUAUUUUCCUCCCUUUUUGCAACCUUUUCUCUCAAUUACUAUUUGAAAAAGAGAAAAGACCACAAAAAUCCAAGCUUUAGUUUGAAAGUUUUUAAUGCUAAUGUUAUAGCAUUACAGCUGAACAUCUAAAAAGGUAGCAUCUUUGACUCCACGAAUUUGGCAUCUUUAUCUGAUUUUAUCUUUCUUCUGAAAUUUUUUUUUUUUUUUGGUGUUGGGUUGAAGCAAAUGAGCAGAUAAAUACAUUGAAAAAAGAAAAUGCAAAGUGCGAAUUCAGAGGAGGCGGGAAUGGCAGCAACGGAUACAAGGGGGAAGCACUGGAUUUCUGCUGAAUUAAAGAGGCUUGAGCAAGAAACUCGAUUCUUGGAGGAGGAACUGGAGCAGCUAGAGAAAAUGGAGAAGGCAUCAGCUUCUUGUAAAGAAAUGCUGAUUAGUGUGCAAACCACAGCAGAUCCCCUGCUCCCACUAACAAUUGGUCCCAUAAAUCCAUUCUGGGACAGAUGGUUCGAAGGAGCACAAAAUUCUUCAGGAUGCAGGUGUCCGAUACUAUGAUGUAAUAUUUUGAUUCAGAUUUAGAAUAUUCUUUAUCUUUCAGUUCACCAAAACCCAUCAAUAUGAUGCUUCUUUGAUUACAUGAAAAA